AUGCAUGACUUGCUAGAAGGGGUCUGUAAAUAUGAUAUAUCAUUUUUGUUAUUAUACUAUAUAAAACACUUACAAUUAUUCUCUUUACAAACUUUUAAUGAAAGGUUGGUUUGUUUUAAUUAUGGCCCUGAUAAGGGGAACAAACCCUCUGUAUUGCAUAUUGAACAUAUUCAAAAAAACACCAUAAGACUUUCAGCGUCAGAAAUGAUGUCACUUACUCGUUAUUUCAGUUUAAUCAUUGGAGAUUUUAUUCCCAAAAAUGACUGUGUUUGGGAACUUUAUAUUUUAUUGAGACACAUUUUGGACUUGUUAACAUCUCCGGUAUUACAAAUAGAAUGUAGUGAAUUAUUACAAACACUCGUGGCUGAGCACCAUGAUUUGUAUAUGAAGUAUAGCAAAUUUGAUUUAAAACCUAAAUACCAUUACAUGGUACAUUAUCAUACUAUGAUCAAAAAGUUUGGUCCCUUAAUAUCUAUGUGGUCUAUGCGUUUUGAGGCCAAACACAGAAUAUCUAAAAUAUCUGCUAACACAUCCAGUAAUCGGCGAAAUAUAUGCAAGACACUUGCUAUAAAACAUCAGCUUCAGUUGAAUGACUUAUUUAAUAAAGGAACUUUAUCCAAUGAAAUAGAAUUAGGCCCUUGUAAUAAAGUAAUAAGUGAUAUCGAUACACAACUUCUACGAUUGUUUUUGAAUAUUGACUCUAAACGUAUUAACAAGGUGUCCAUGGGUUUCAGUUAA